AGAGAGAGAGAGAGAGAGAGAGAGAGAGAGCAAUUCAUUGCGAGUUUCAGUUUUUAGAGGGGGAAAUCAGCGAAUCGUUUCAGUCUCCGCCUCGUACCCAGAGUAAAUAUGAGUGCUUCCGUCGCCCGUCAGUCCUCAGUUCUACUUUAGCCACGAUAGAGUGAGCGUGUUAUGGUGUUUGGACAGCUAAUCACACCACAACUUAGGUCACCUCCGCCUUAUAACAGUGCCACAUCAUUAAUAGCGUGCAUUGGAGCCACUUUCCUGGGUUAUAAUAGUAAUGAAAUGCUGUGAGAAAGUUCCAGUGCUGAAAACAUAAGGGAAAACUGCCUAACUUUGAAAUAACAUGUGCACUACACUACACUACACCGUGGAUUAUUUAUCUUGGAGCGCUGCGGGUUGGUCAGUGUAUGUCGUAGUCAUGUUUCACCAUCACCGCUACUCACUCACCCUCAUCGUUCGUGUUAUCAUUUUACCUCAGUUCACUAAUGGAACGGAAGGAGGAGUGGGGCAUUACGUUCAGGGGUGGCGCCAUGUUGCGAGGUCAUCAUACGAACAAUUUCAGCGAGGCCACCAUGUGCAUCAUUAAGGAAGUUGUUUUGAAUAGAUGCAAGGCAUAUAACACAGUGCAGCUGAUUAUUUUCAUGGCUGGAAUAUUUGACGGGUAUAUGAAGAACAGGCUUGCUGACGUUGCAUUAGGGAGGCGAAGAAGAAAGAAUACGCGUAUGGGCACACUGUCUUUGGAUUCAGUAACUCCCCUUGGCAACGGGAAAUACAAGGUCAAUAGCCACUCUACUCCAUCACUGCAAUACACUGUCGACCUAGAAACUGGCUUCUGUGAGUGUAAUGUGGGUGAGAAUGGCUCGCUGUGCAAACACCAGGCUGCUUGUGCAGAGCACAGCAUGACGAUCUUGCCCCAAGUUUUCACUGCUACAAGUAAAACAGGCAGUGGUUGGCGUCAGUGGCAGUGGGUGAAGACAAAACUCCACCAGAAAGUUUUUUCAGAGGACUUUUGGAGCCACAACUGAACAACAGAGAAAACCAAAGUCCGCUUGCAGUUGCAUCGUCAA